ACUCAUCGUAUCGAUAUUUCUGUACUCUCUUUUUCCAUUUUCCCGCAGUCCUCUCCACUCCCGAACUCCCCGUUCACUCCAUUCCUUACCUUUCUCCCUCUGCGCCGCCGCACAGAUGGAGCUUGGCCUCAGCUUGGGCGACGCCCCCAAGCCCUUUCGCUUUGUCGAGAAGCAAUCUCAAGUCCCCUCCCCCCAGCGCCGACUUUCCCGCAAAGAUUUGGGCUUCUGUGUCGACUUAUCGAUUGGCCGUUCCGUCGCCGGAGAUAAAGAAGACGACGAAGACAAACCUAAUCAAGGAGAAGAUGAAUCCGACGGUAAUGAAGAUCCACCGACUCAACUCGAUCUUCUCCCUCAUAAUCCCGUUCCUCGAAACCUAACUAACCCGUACCAAGGAUUUCCAUGGCCGUCGUCCGAAAACGAUGAAGGCGAAGAUCGAACCGCAUCGCCGAAUAGCGCAGCGUCCUCGUUUCAAAUGGAAUUUGGACUGUACGGCAGCGGAGGUAACAUUUCUUCCCGGAGAGAUCAAAUGGAAAAUGGCGUAAUGAACGAAGUAGGUGAAUCUGAAAGAGCUUCUUCAAGAGCUAGUGAUGAAGACGAAAAUGGUUGUACAAGGAAGAAACUCAGACUCUCUAAAGAACAAUCCGCUUUUCUUGAAGAAAGCUUCAAAGAACACAACACAUUGAACCCUAAACAGAAACAGGCACUGGCUAAGCAACUGAAUCUCCGUCCUCGCCAAGUGGAAGUUUGGUUUCAAAAUAGAAGAGCAAGGACGAAAUUAAAGCAAACGGAGGUAGAUUGUGAGUAUUUGAAAAGAUGUUGUGAGACAUUAACAGAAGAGAAUCGACGGCUUCAAAAGGAGCUUCAAGAAUUAAGAGCUUUGAAAACCACAAAUUCACUCUACAUGCAAUUACCAGCUACAACACUAACCAUGUGUCCGUCUUGUGAAAGAGUAACCUCAUCUUCCGCCGCUUCCACCGUCGCUGCGACGGAGGGAGUUACAAAACGAUCUGGGUUAGCCAUUGGUGGUGGGCGACCAGGUUCUUCAUCUUUCCCAUUUUCUGCUAAAACACAGUCCCACCAGUCAACAGCUUCAUGAUAACGAGAUGGGUUUAGGCGAAUCAUGAUGGUGGUCCCUUUUGUACAUAAACCCUUUUCCCAAAAGCAAAAGAUGAAAAACAAAAAAAAGGAAAAUCAGUAGAAUCCGAGAAAAAGAAGAAUGAAGAAGAAGAAAAAAAAAAAGAUAAAACAGGUUAUUAUUUAUCAUCAUCAUCAUCACAUUUCUCUUUCUCCUCCCCUCUCCACUCUUCUUUGAGGUGUUUCUUCACCAUUUUGGGGGUUGUUUGUUUGUUCAAGAUAUUAUUUCUUUUUUCUUUCCCCCAUGGAUUUUCUUUCUGAUAUAUUGUGAAGAAAGAAAUCUAUAAGAAAAGAAUUCUUAUAUACAAUCAUUAGUGAUUUGUGUUUCU